AUGGCCUUCUUGUGGGCAGAUUUAGCUAACAGUGUUUACACUCGUCGUCCGUCGUUGGAUGUCUUUCAAAACGAUCCCUUCAAAAUUCAAUCAUAUAACUUUCAUUAUGCCGAGCGACCCGCUUAUCCGAUGCAGCAUUAUCAGCGUCCAUCGCCUAUUCCAUCGGAACCAACGCCCUUCAAGACCUACUUCUACAAUGUGAAGUUCAAUAGAAAUGCGGAGUCAAAGUUAGCGGCAGCGACGCCACCGGCGGGUUCCUUUAUUGAGACCCGGCGUCGUCAAUUUCUGCAAGACUUUAAUCGCGUUGCGCCACCUGUUACCAGAGAGAUUUUUCCGGGGCCGAAGACGCAGGAACGCCAUCGGCAUCCGGUGGCCAGUAUUCCACCUGUCGCUGCUAAUCCUCAUCCAUUGCUUCGCAUCUGCUGCAAUCGGGAGGAUUAUCAAGCGAUGCGACGUGGACAGAGUGCCACCACGAUCCGACAGAGUGCAAGUGCCUCAGUCACCAAUCUGAAGGCCCCGGCAAAGCAGCCAUCUCAAUCCUCAGUCAAACUUUCGCCUAAACGCACUGCAAGUAGUUGCAGUGGCUGCACGAUUAACAUCAAUAUAACUAGCAUUGACUCCGAAGUGGAUGUCAGCAAGGCCCUGAAGAUCAAAAUAGAAGCAGACAAUACGGACAAGUGUCAGGUGACCAUGCCACGUCGCUGCUGCAGCACCAAGAGCUUCGUGAUCGAUAAGCGUUUGUCCAAGUUCAGUGUAUUAGAUUCGCAAAAGGAUGUGUUGUUGGCCAAGCGGCUGCAGCUGCAAUCGGAGCGUGAACGCUUAGAGAAGCUGCGACAACAAGAGCUACACAAGGAGCAGGAGCUAGCGCGCCAGCGUGAACAGGAACGUGAAUGCUUGAGACAAGCGGAAAGACAGCGAGAUCACGAGCGUUUACUCCAGUUGGAAGCGGAGCGCGAGUUUCACAGGCUGCGUGAGCUGGAGCGUGAAACGCAGCGCCGCAGAGAACUGGAAUUAGCGGAGAGACGACGCAAGGAAGCACAGGCUCAACGCCAGCCAAUGCGCGCCAUGUCUAUGACAGAGCGGAUCACAAAACCAGUUGUGAUGACAUCCCAUUUGAGCACGCCCGCCUCCGCAGAACGUUUGCCUGGCAUGGCGCCGUGCUACGUUCGGCCGUCAUCGGAGGCUAAUCGUGCCGAGCGUUUAGAGAAGUCUACUGGGAAUCUGUCAAGAUUGCAGAAGAUCUGCAGCAGGUGUCCGCACAGUGCGACGCCUGCAACAACACAGGCAAAGGCGGCACCAAGGACCGUGGAACGCCGUAGUUCCGGGGGCGUCCAAUUUAAUGCCAUUGUGCAUGGCGGCAGCAGCAACACGAGUCUUCACAACGAGCGCAAGCUGCUCAAUCUGCACGUGAAUGGAAAACCCAUCACGUCCAGUGUUCCGAUACACACUCGCAUAAACAAUCUGCCCAUUAGGAUUACCACCUCGCAGCCGCAGGAUAAAAACCUGCGGUUCUCUGUGAAUCGAGUAACUGCUGGACAAUCGCAGUCCAAUCCCAAUCGGAGUAGGACAGCUGCUGUGGAGGAGCUGCCUGCAUCGCCUUGUAAUGUCAGCAUUAAUGUCUAUGCGGAUAACCCUCGCACAAUGCGCCUGUAA